CGGAAUGUUUUAACGUAAAAUGUGUGGUUCAGCAGCAUACAUAUACAAACGGUCCGCCAGAAUCAGAUGUUGCGUAGCUAACAUAUACGUGAUUAGUUGUUAUCUUACCACAGGUGAUGAGCUAACAUGUCCUAGCUGUACCUAUUAGAAUUGUUGAAUUUUACUGCCCGUUUAGUCUUCCAAAAAAGUGGGUAAUACCAUGAGUGGAUUGUUAUCAGGACGCCUCGCUUUUGUCACGGGUGCCGGAUCAGGAAUCGGUCGGGUAACCAGCCAGCUGCUCGCCCGAGAUGGUGCUACCGUCGUAGCAGUUGAUCGUAAUCUGGAUGCGGCCAAUGCCACUAUUGAAGCCCUCAACACGAAAAAUGAUCAUAUCGCCCUCGAAAUGGAUGUAUCGUCUAGCGAUAGCAUCUCCAAAGUGCUGAGAGCAGUCACCGAAAAAUAUAAGCGUCCACCGACGAUUGUAGUCAAUUCCGCUGGCAUUACGAGGGACAACUUCAUCCUCAAGAUGCCGGAAGCUGAUUUCGAUGCGGUGGUUAAUGUCAACCUCAAGGGCACCUGGUUGGUCUUGCAGCAAUUCGGCAAAGCCAUGGUGGAGCAUAACAGUGGUGGUUCGAUGGUGAAUGUUUCUUCGAUUGUGGCCCGAAGUGGUAACAUGGGUCAAUCGAACUAUUCCCCAAGCAAGGCAGGCGUCGAGGCAAUGACGAAAGUGGUGGCACGAGAAUUUGGACGGUAUAAUGUGCGCGUGAAUGCAGUAGUGCCCGGGUUCAUCGAAACGCCAAUGACCGAAACGGUCCCGCAGAAGGUGAAAGAUAUGGUUAUUAUGCAGUGUGCACUGCGACGUUUCGGGAAGCCGGAAGAAAUUGCUGAGGUUAUUUCCUUCCUGGCAUCGGAUAGGAGCAGUUAUAUCAACGGAACCUCAAUCGAAGUCACCGGAGGAUGAGCGAGUGACGAACGAUACGUUCAGGUGCUAUUGCAUUUAUUCACUUCCAGUGAUACCGACCAGAUAUUUUGUGAGUGAGGAGUGUUCUUUCAAAUCCGUGAAAAGAUACAUUUCGUGAUAGUGAACAAUGCUUUAAUGCAACGCUGAAACAGAUAUAACGACAAUAAACGAACGAACGUGUGAAUAAAUUCGUAACAUGUG